AUGCCUCGUGGUCAGAAGAGUAAGCUCCGUGCCCGUGAGAAACGCCGUCAGGCCCAGAGUAAGGCCCAGGCUCUCGGUGCUCAAGCUGCUUCAGCAGGGGAAGGAGAGUCUCCCUCCUCCUCGCCUGGGUCUGGAGGCGCUUCCCCCAGCACCCUUGCUGAAGGCUCUCCCCAGAAGUCAGAGAGAGGUGCAGCCGCCAGUUCUGCUGCAGCAAUUUCCUGUGCGAGUUCUGGUGAAAGUGCCAUGAGCCAAGCGGAGGGAAGUCCAAGUUCCUCCCGGGCCGUGCCCUCCUCAGAGAGCUCCAGCAAAGAUCCUCUGACCAGGAAAGUAGGCAUGUUGGUGCAGGUUCUGCUGCACAAAUAUAAAAUGAAAGAGCCCAUCACAAAGGCAGAAAUGCUGAAGAUUAUCAACAAGAAGUACAAGGAACACUUUCCUGAAAUCCUCAGGAGAGUCACUGAGCGCAUGGAGCUGGUCUUUGGCCUUGACCUGAAGGAAGUCGACCCCAGCAAUCACUUGUAUGUCCUUUUCAGCCAACUAGACCUUCCCGACGACGAGAAUACGAGCGAAGGCAUGAGCUUUCCGAAAAAUGGGCUCCUGAUGCCUCUCCUGGGCGUGAUCUUCCUGAAUGGCAACCGCGCCACUGAAGAAGAGAUGUGGGAAUUCCUGAAUGUGUUGGGGCUCUAUGCUGGGAGAAGGCACUUCAUCUUCGGGGAGCCCAGGAAGCUCAUCACCAAAGAUUUGGUACAGCAACAGUACCUGGAGUACCGCCAGGUGUCCGGCAGCGAUCCUCCACGCUUCGAGUUCCUGUGGGGCCCGAGAGCCUAUGCUGAGACCACCAAAAUGAAAGUCCUGGAGUUUUGGGCCAAAGCCAAUGAUACGGUCCCCAGCGCCUUCCAGGCCCGGUAUGAGGAAGCCGUGCGAGAUGAGGAAGAGCGAGCUCUAGCCAGAGCUACAGCCAGGGCCCUCUCCCGGGCCAUGUCCAGGAGGUCUUCCCAGCGCUAG